ACAGGAUUUUUAUUCAUAAUAUAUCUUUUGCGAUUGUCUUCCAGUGAUCUCUGGGAGGCAGCUGCUGAAUGGGGGCAAACCUUGCCUCAUGAAUUGCCAUCAAAUCCUCGGCCAUACUGGAAGAGUGCAAAUUGAAACCUGCUCACUGCGGCGGAAGCAGAGAUAACGGAUUACUCACAAACCGAGAGACAUGGGCUGCAACCCACCUUACCUCCUCUCCUACAGAUUACGGUUGCUGCUGCUCUUUACCCUGUCCCUGACAGUGGUUGGAUGGGCCACCAGCAACUACUUUGUGGGUGCUAUUCAAGUAAUUCCCAGGGCAAAGAACUUCAUGGCUACUUUCCACAAGGUCAUGUAUUUGGGGAAUGAAGAAACUCUGGGCCACGAGGUAGCCAUGAAGAAAGCAGAGCUUGCUAAUUGCCCUUCGGUGUCUCCAAACCUCAGAGGGCAGAACAAGCUUGUUUUUAAGCCGGACCUCACUUUGGAGGAAGUACAGGCUGAAAACCCCAAAGUGUCCAGAGGCCGGUAUCGCCCGGAGGAGUGUAAGGCCCUGCAGCGGGUGGCGGUCCUCAUCCCCCACCGGAACAGAGAGAAGCACCUGAUAUACCUGCUGGAACACCUGCAUCCCUUCCUGCAGAGGCAGCAGCUGGACUACGGCAUCUACGUCAUCCACCAGACCGGAAGUAAAAAGUUUAACCGGGCCAAGCUCCUCAACGUGGGCUAUCUGGAAGCUCUCAAGGAGGAGAACUGGGACUGCUUCAUAUUCCACGACGUGGACCUGGUGCCCGAGAAUGACUUCAACCUCUACACCUGCGGGGAUCAGCCCAAGCACCUGGUCGUGGGCCGGAACAGCACUGGCUACAGGUUGCGUUACAGUAAAUAUUUUGGGGGCGUUACUGCCCUCAGCAGAGAACAGUUUUUCAAGGUGAAUGGAUUCUCUAACAACUACUGGGGAUGGGGAGGAGAAGACGAUGACCUCAGACUCAGGGUUGAGCUGCAUAAAAUGAAGAUAUCCCGGCCCAAGCCUGACGUGGGCAAGUACACCAUGAUCUUCCACACCAGAGACAAAGGCAACGAGGUGAAUGGGAGCCGAAUGAAGCUGUUGCAGCAGAUGUCACGGGUCUGGAAAACAGAUGGCUUAUCGAGCUGCUCUUACAGAUUACUCUCUGUGGAACACAACCCUUUAUACGCCAACAUCACAGUGGAUUUCUGGACCGCCGCGUGACCUGGAUCUUCUGAUGACGCCUGGAACUGAUGAUUUGAUUGUAAUAGUGUUGGCCUAGAGGCUUCCCUAGUAGCACACGUUAAGAACUUGUUCCAGCUAAUGAUUUGGCUGGAAAUUUUCCGUUCUCUCAGCAGAGCUCUUGGUUAUGUAGAAUGUAGAACCGUAGUAGCAAGACAGCUUUCUUGGUUGUUUUGAUCAUGGCUGUGAAAUGUAAUGCACAAACUUGAAGGACUCUAGACAGGAGGACGUAGUAAAAGCAACUUGUGAACUGUGUCCUUGCAGGAUUCACUUCAGCAGUGUAUCAUGAGAUUAAAAAGUGGGGAGCAAAAUUCCCAAGCAUCUUAGAGAACCAGAAUUGCUAGGUCUAAGACAGAAAGGUACUAAGAGAUGUUUCUGUUACUCAGUGUACGUGGCCAUCUUCGAGGUGGUGGAUUCCACAUGCGAAGAAAGCCACAAAGUCAUGCAUCAGAUGCCACAGACGUGACAGUGAAGAGCCGGCUAAGGACAGAGUAUGGAGUGAACUGGCAGUGGUCCCUGUGCUGGCUGCUGCCACCAAUCCCCUGUGGUGGAUGCCUCCUUGUCAGAAACACCUUCCCGUCUAUGGCCGCCCGACCCUGAAUGUACCAGCCUCUUCAGAGGCACUUGCCAGUAAUACCCACCAGAGAACACACUGUCUAUUAGUUUUCAAAGCAUUUUUAUAAAACGAUUUUGUACAUGUAGGAUAUGGAUGAGCAGUUUAUAAGCCACACAAUGUCUGAGAAUAUGUCUAUAGAGUAUCUCUGUAGUAAAAUGUGAAAAAGCUUCC